AUGCAGGGCGGGGAGUCGGUGUUCGGGCGCAUCAGCCACUACUACGGUGCCGUGGAGACCAACGAACGAGGCUCCCUUCACGUCCACGGGCUGCUCUGGUUACAUGGAAACGCGCACCUGAGCUCCAUGCUUUCCGACGCCCACGGGGAGGAACAAGCCGCGUACCGUAAGCGAAUCAUCCGCUAUGUCGAUAGCGUCUUCUGCGAGGACUUGGACCAGGAAGGCCUCUGCGCCGUGCAGGCGGAGCUUCUCGGCCGCAUUCAAGAAGCCAACUUCUGCGCCGGCGCGACGCAGAUCCACACCCAUAACCCGACAUGCGUCGAGUACUCCCUGGGCAACAAGGGGCGAAAGGGAGACCUCUGUCGCUUCAAGGCGCCUUGGAAGCUGGUCGAGAAAACAACGUUCUCACAGGACGGCGUGCUGCGGAUCCGUAGGUCUCAUCCCAUGGUGAAUCAGUGGAACGAGGCGAUUGCCGUGGGGCUCCGCCACAACUAUGACAUCUCCUUCAUAGCAACGCAGCGGAAGACCAUGGCUCUCGUAUAUUACGUGACGAAUUACGCGACCAAGGUAGAGGACCCGACAUGGAAGCGCGUCGCUGCGGCAGCGGAAUUGCUGCCCAUCGUCUCGGCAGGUGGCCAGCCGGCCGCUGGGGAGGAUGCCGGAAAUGGCGUCGUCGGCGACGACGGAACCGAAAAGAAGACGCGGCAGUUUCUGAUGAGAGCGGUGAACCGGGUGUUCACGGAGCGGGCUCUGUCGCAAGUCGAGGUCGUCGCCCAUCUCUUGGUAUACCCAAGCGAGUUCACGAGCGGCAGCAUCUGGGCGUACCUGAACGUUGAGAGCGCCACCAACAGAGUGACGGCGAGCGGCCUCGAAGAGGAAGAAGUUCCGCCAUGUCUGUGA